AUGAUUCUCCGAUUUCACAUCAUUUUCUUAUUAUUCACUUUAUCGAUUGCGAAACCAGGAAAACUAGCAAGAGUCAAGAGAAAAGCGAGUUGCGAGAAUGAGAUCGAGUACGACGGAUCGGAAUGGCAUUGUGGGAAUGGAAUCGCUUCACACAUUGGAUCGAUGGGCGUCUCGAUGCUCACUUUCAACACCGAUUUGAUCAACAAGUGCUGUGCCUAUCACGAUUAUCAUAUCGAUUGCGUGAUGGCAAGGCUGGAAGCCGAUGCCGCUUUUGACUCGUGUCUAUCAAACGGUAAUAUCGUGACUCGUUGGUUCGCUCGUCCAAUCAUGACUUUCUUUGUGAAAACUUUCGCCACAACUCCCUCAACAGCUUACGAAUUUUCGGAAACAUUCAAGAACACGACUGCUAAUUUCAUCAUUUCACAAACAACUACUUCUUUUGAGUUUGAAAAUGUCACAGAAAGCUCUGUCAAUGAAACAAAGCUAAAAUUGAUUGAGAUUUCCUCUGGAGAAGAGGUUGUUAUCUAU